AUUCUUGGUAGUGUAGUACUAUAAAUAGAAGAGAAAACAACACAAACAUAAUCACAACACACACAACUUCUAUCAAGUGAUCAUCCUCUUCUUCCUCCUUCCUUUUACAAAAUAAUAUUUUCUCUAUUUCUUAGCUUUAUUACUUUUUACUAAAAAUGGGUUCUCUUGAGGCUGCCGCUCCUCUAGGGAGGACAACCGUGCACCGCUUGAUCGCGGAGGAAGGAUCGGUGUUGAUGCCCGGUAUCCAAGACGCCUUCUCCGCCGCCAUUUGUUACAAAACUGGCUUCAAAGCUUGUUUUGUCUCUGGCUUUGGUGUCUCUGCCGCCCUCCUUGGCUUGCCUGACUUUGGCUUGCUCACAACAACAGAAGUAGUAGGAACUGUUCGUAGAAUUACCGCUGCUGCUCCAAACUUGUGUGUCGUUGUCGAUGGAGACACUGGAGGGGGUGGCCCACUUAAUGUUCAAAGGUUCAUCAAAGAGUUGAUUGCUGCUGGUGCCAAGGGUGUCUUUCUUGAGGAUCAAGUAUGGCCCAAAAAGUGUGGUCAUAUGCGUGGUAAGAGUGUUGUACCGGCAGAGGAGCAUGCACUUAAAAUAGCAGCUGCAAGAGAAGCUAUUGGUGAUUCUGAUUUCUUCUUGGUAGCAAGGUCUGAUGCAAGGGCUCCCCAUGGCCUUCAAGAAGCUAUUCGACGGGCUAACCUUUACAGAGAGGCUGGAGCUGACGCAACCUUUGUCGAGGCACCUGCAAAUCUUGAAGAGCUAAAAGAGGUUGUUAGGGAUGUUAAGGGUUUGAGAAUUGCUAACAUGAUUGAAGGUGGAAAGACUCCAUUACACACACCUGCAGAGUUUAAGGAAAUGGGAUUCCACUUGAUUGCUCAUUCACUCUCAACAAUUUAUGCCACAACCAAAGCAUUGGUUAGCAUUAUGAAGGUUCUUAAGGAUAAGGGUACUACCAGGGAUGACUUGGAUCAGAUUGUUACUUUCUCUGAGUUUAAUGAUAUGAUCAGCUUGGAGUCUUGGUAUGAGCUUGAAUCAAAGUUCAAGACCUUUACUCCAAAAUCUUUGGAAUCAUAAGAUGUGCGUGGUUAUCUAGCAUGCCAAUUUGAGGCGAUAGAAGUUAAGCGUUUAAAAUAAUUUCAAAUCGAUCAUAUUAUUUUUCUUGUUUAGAGUUGUUUGAAAUAAGGCAUGGGUAAUGCUUGUUAGUUUGAUUUGUAGUGAAAGAUCAAGAUUCAUAUGAUAUUAUGAUGUAUUCUUUUGUUUUGUUUAGCAUUCCAUGAGUUUAUUUAUGUUACGUUACUUUCCAUGUAAGAAAAUGAAUAAAAUAAUUUAUUCUUGCUUA